AUAUACCCACGCCUCUCUCAACUCCUCCCCCACUCUCUCUCUUCUAGUCCGACAAUUGGUCUCUCUGUCUUCUUCUCUCCUUAUGGGUCCGGAGUUCGCGAGGUGCCUCUAUGCGGUAGAAUGUGAGUGAUGUCUCCCUUCUCUUCGCUGCUUUUUUCUCCUCUGUCGGGCUCAAUCCUUGGUGAGUGUUGAAGCAGCUGGGCAUGAAAUACCUUUGGAGUUAGGCCUUGGUGAGAGAAGAGGAUUAGCUUUAGAUCUCAUCUUUUUAGGUGUGGUGUGAAUGACCAUGAUGCAGACCGCAGUUGCCUUCAAAAAUCAUGGAGGACUUUGCCAGAAUUCUGUCACUCAGCCAUCCCAGGCUACCCUGAUGCCUUGGUGGAUUGGAUCUCAACCAUGCUAUGGGGAACCUUUUGGCCAACUGAAGCCUUUCACUGAGGACCAUCCUAACGGAGAGGGCCAGUUACCAGCUGCUCCCCGACAAAUGCAUCAUGCUGUAGACCCAAGGCCAGUGCUAGGGCCGGCUGUCCCAGAUAAAGGGGGAGAUGGCAUGACUAAAUUCUUGAUACUUCCAGACCUCAAGGACUCAGGAAAAGAGCAGAAGGCUCAGCAACAUUCUGCAAUCAUAUCUUUACAGUCAUGUUUGCCUGAAUAUCAAGGUCGUUUUGAACUGGGACUUGGUCAAUCUAUGGUUUGUUCGAAUUAUUCUUAUGUUGAUCAGAGCUAUGGCCUGUAUGCACCUUAUGGAGCUCAAGCAAUGCAUGGGCGCAUGCUUUUACCAUUGAAUAUGACUGCCGAUGGACCAAUCUAUGUGAAUGCGAAGCAGUUUCACGGUAUCCUACGGCGUCGACAGGCUCGUGCUAAGGCAGAGAGAGAGAACAAACUGAUCAAAAGCAGGAAGCCAUACCUGCAUGAGUCACGUCACCGGCAUGCAAUGCGCCGGGCAAGGGGCUGCGGCGGUCGCUUUCUUAGCAGAAAAAGGGAAGGCCCUGGACAAAGUGGUAAUGUCAAUACCGAAGUGAGAGGUAAGGUGCCAGCAGCUCGUCCUUCCACAUCUCCAAGUUCUGAAGCCCUGCAGUCUGAUAGCGGCAAUGUCAACUCAGCCAGUGGUGGCUCAAGCUUUUCAGGAUCGGAGGUUACAAGCAUGUAUGCUCGGGAGGAUGAUCACCUCCAGUUCAUUGAGCAUCUUCGUCCGUCUGUUUUCCACCCUCUGUCUAAUAUGAUGGAUGGAGAGCAUGCUACCAGUAUCCACACGAAUUGGGCUACAGCAGCUGAUGGCUGCUGUGACCUCCUUAAAGUCUGAUGAUGGUGGUGCUGGGGAGGGGUGGUUGUAAAUUUUAGUAUUUGCUUCUUUGAGCUGAAGAUGCGUACUCAGCUUGAGAGCAAUGCUGCAACAUGUUAAAUCCCCUCCAAAUCUUUCAACCAAAUGGAAGAGCUGGCUACACUGGUACCCUGCUUGAUGAAGCCAGUUCUGGUUCAGGGAUCGUCCCUACCGUCAUUUGGUUGAUUUCUAAUGGCAAUUCAUUCUUGGCUUUUUGGGUCUUUCUCAUUGCUCGACGGUUCCUGAAACUCUACCAGUCUUGGGACUGUUGUGACGCUGAAAAGUCCUAUCUGUAAAAAAUGACUUCUGCAGGGUUCGACCCUAUCUGUGCUAGUACUUGGUGAGAAUAAGAACCAAACUCUGGAAUGGUUUAUGUUUGUGAACGUGAUAUGUCUGGAUAAACGGUGUUUUUGGAGUGUUGUGUUUGCUUAAGGUCUGGUGUGCAAAUUCUGAAUCCUGGACUUGGUUAUGUAUUGCUCAAUUUGUGUGGAAACUAGUUAUGUUGUUGGAUGUUA